AUGUGUGGAAUAUUUGGCUAUUGUAAUUAUUUAGUGGAAAAGACAAGAGGUGAAAUUAUUGACAUUUUAGUCGAAGGUUUAGGCCGUCUAGAAUAUAGGGGGUAUGACUCUACGGGUAUUGCUAUUAAUGGUGAUAAACGCAACUCUAUCGAUGUCUAUAGAGCAAUCGGUAAAGUGAGUGCAUUAAAACAGGAAAUAGAUAAUAUCAAUCCAAAUAGAGAUGUUACUUACGCCUCACAUAGUGGUAUUGCUCAUACUAGAUGGGCAACUCAUGGUCAGCCAAAACAAACAAACUGUCAUCCUCAAAGAUCAGACCCAAGGAAUCUGUUUACAAUUAUUCACAACGGUAUCAUUACUAAUUUCAGAGAAUUGAAGACAUUAUUGGUGAAUAAAGGUUAUACAUUUGAAUCAGAUACAGAUACUGAAUGUAUUGCUAAACUUUUCUUACAUUUGUAUCAAACUAAUAUAAAGAUGGGUAAUGAUAUAGAUUUCCAUGAAUUAACCAAGUUAGUUCUAAUGGAAUUGGAAGGUUCAUACGGUUUGCUAUGUAAAUCAGUUUAUUUCCCUGGUGAAAUUAUUGCCACUAGAAAGGGUUCUCCAUUAUUAAUUGGGGUUAAAUCUGAAAAUAAAUUGAAAGUUGAUUUUGUUGAUGUUGAAUUUCCAAAUGAGAAUGCAAUUCAGACAGAAACUCCAUUAAGUAAUGAAUGUAAAACUGAUAAUAAUGAUGAACUAAAUUCCUCAAAUUAUCCUACAGUUGAUAAGAAAGAAUUUCAUGAAAAAGCUGGCUUGGUCCCUAUCACAGCCAAUGAAUUUAAUUUAAGACAUUCUCAAUCAAGAGCCUUUUUAUCUGAAGAUGGCUCACCAAUUCCAAUUGAAUUUUUUAUUUCAUCUGAUGCAGCUUCUGUAAUUAAAUAUACCAAGAAGGUAUUGUUCUUGGAAGAUGAUGAUAUUGCUCAUAUCUAUGAUGGUGAAUUACACAUUCAUAGAUCCAGAAAAGAAGUUGGUAAAUCCAUGAUUAGAUCAAUUCAAACUUUGGAAUUAGAAUUAGCUCAAAUAAUGAAAGGACCUUAUGAACAUUUUAUGCAAAAGGAAAUUUAUGAACAACCAGUCUCAACUUACAAUACAAUGAGAGGUAGACUUGACUUUGAUAAUAAUUUGGUUAAUUUAGGUGGCUUACAGCAAUUUAUUUCAACGAUUAGAAGAGCAAGAAGAUUAAUUAUGAUUGCAUGUGGUACAUCGUACCAUUCUUGCCUUGCCACUAGAGCAAUAUUUGAAGAACUGUCUGAUAUUCCAGUUAAUGUUGAUUUAGCUAGUGAUUUUUUGGAUAGAAAAUGUCCCAUCUUUAGAGAUGAUGUUUGUGUAUUUGUUUCUCAAAGUGGUGAAACUGCUGAUACAAUGUUUGCUUUGAAUUAUGCUAUAGACAGAGGUGCAUUAACUGUUGGUAUUGUUAAUAGUGUUGGUUCUUCAAUUUCAAGAGCUACUAAUUGUGGUGUUCAUAUUAAUGCCGGUCCAGAAAUUGGGGUUGCUUCUACCAAAGCUUAUACAUCUCAAUAUAUUGCAUUGGUUAUGUUUGCAGUAUUGUUGGGUGAAGAUCGUAUCUCUAAAAAUGAAAGAAGAAGAGAAAUUAUACAAGGUUUGAAAUUGAUUCCAGAACAAAUUAAACAAGUCUUGAAAUUAGAACCCAAGAUUAAACAAUUGUGUGAAAAUGAAUUGAGUGACCAAAAAUCACUACUGCUAUUAGGCAGAGGUUACCAAUUUGCAUCUGCUUUAGAAGGUGCAUUGAAGAUUAAAGAAAUUUCAUAUAUGCAUUCUGAAGGUGUUCUUGCUGGUGAGUUGAAACAUGGUGUUUUAGCAUUAGUUGAUGAAGAGUUACCUAUUAUUGCAUUUGGUACCAGAGAUUAUUUAUUCCCCAAAGUUGUUUCCUCUAUUGAGCAAGUCACUGCAAGAAAGGGCCAUCCAAUUAUUAUUUGUAAUGAAAAUGACGAAGUAUGGAGCAAGAAGAAACUUGAAAAUGAUAGGCUUAUUACAUUGGAAGUUCCAACUACUGUUGAUUGCUUACAAGGGUUGAUUAAUAUUAUUCCAUUGCAAUUGAUGUCAUAUUGGCUAGCUUCCAAUAGAGGUAUUGAUGUGGAUUUCCCAAGAAACUUGGCCAAAUCUGUUACUGUGGAAUAA